AUGGUUGUAGAUAUAAUUAACAAGAUUAUUCUGAUGCAGUGUGUUGGCGUGGAGACCUUUAAGCUUUACAAUUGUGAAAUGUUUGAAAGUAGCAUUCACAAGUGGCUUUUGUGGAUUUCUCUGUCUGGUGUGAAGAGCAUAUAUUUGAAUGGUAGAGGCACUCUGAUGGAGGUUUCUGAGUCUCCGAUGGAAGUUUCUGAGUCGAUCUUUUCAUGUGUGUCCCUUACUUCUCUGUCUCUCAAGCAUUUCAAGCUGACAAAGGUGCCUCCAGCAUUUCAGGGUUUCUCUCGACUUGUAACAUGUUAUCUUGAAUACGUUGAGCUAAGUGAGAAGGCAUUUGAUGUGAUUUUGAAAUUAUGUCACCUUCUUGAAAGUUUGACGGUAUCCGAAUGCAAAUUGCCUUCAAGUUUGAGAAUAAUUUCCUCCAGUCUUAAGUUUUUGGCUCUUGUUAGACUGUGGGGUAAAAUUUGUUCAAUUGAUUGUCCCAGAUUAGAAAGCAUUGAAAUUAUUCAAUGCACUAACUUGGUAAUGGAGAACAUAUGUUUACCUGCAUGUGUCUACUUGGAAACCGAUUCCCCGUUUCGUAAGCAUUUUACAACUGCAAAAUCAUUGAAGAAGAUUACCUGUUUCGACUAUGUAGAUUCCACUGAUCUCGAAAUUCUACAAAGUUUUCCACACUUGGAAGAGUUGUCCAUUGAGUCUGCAUUAUUUGUGUCCUAUCAAAUGGAUGCAGAGUUAACUCUACAACUACCAAAUUUGAAGACAUUUAUUCUGAAUAUUGUGUCGUAUGAUAUAGUCUGUGACGAACGUGAUGAAAAAUAUGAUGAGGCUUUUAUGUUGUGCUCGUGUAUUUUGAAAGCCUCUCCUCUCUUGCAAACAGUUAGAAUCAACGUGGAUUGCAGCUCAGAGAUGUUAGAGCCUCAUGGGUUGGACGAUGCUUUUCAAUUUAUCAAUGAUUUCUUAAACCUUGCAAAGGACUUCCCAAAAAGCAAAAUUUUAGUGUCGAGAUCUAGCAAUGCUUUCCAUGCAGGAUCUAGCAACUCUACAACUACCAAAUUUGAAGACGUUUAUUCUGAAUAUUGUGUCGUGUGA